GCAAGUAAAUAUCGCACCGUCUCCUUCUCGCAGUCCAAGAUAGUCCUCUCCCAUCGCACUUCACUCUAGCCCACCUGCUCCUGACCCUCACAGCUUUCUAUUACUUCUUUGGCCCAUCUCAAGAUUAGCUUCGUAGUUAGUUUUGUGGGCCUCUCCAUAUCCGCUUUUUAGCCAGCAUGGCCGUAUUUCAUAUCGCUCUGGCGACUCACUGUGCGAACAGCCAGUGCUUCUGCGCUGAGGUCAUUCCUCUUGAAACGCCGCCUCACAGCCAUGCAUUUUGAGCCUACAUGGCCGUAUUUUGUCCUGGAGUUUUUCUCUGGUGAUUUACUGAGGCGCAGCCAGAGCUGCUGAGCUGAGGUCAUUCCUCCCUCCAAGCGCCUUCAGAGCGCCUUCCAAGGCCCUGAAUAGCUCACCGUUUUAUCUCUUGAGCUGUGCGCGUGCGCCUCUGGCUGAACAAGCCAUGUCUUUCUGGCCUCAUGUUCCAAACGCGCAGAAUUGCGCGAUGAUUAUUGAUCCUGCAUCAAGAACAACAAGGGACGGUAAGCGGCUGUGGAUGGGAUUUAAGGGGAAAUGCUAUAUCUGUGUGUUGCUGUGUUACAGGGACGAUACGCUGAUCCAUCGGGAUCCCACGGCGAAAGCGGCUCGACACCACGCCAAGCACCACUGUUUCGGCGAGCAGCGCACAUUCGCCUAUCGCAUAAAGACAGGAGGCAGAAAGUACCUGUAAACCUACCACCUACUGGGAACCCAAACGCGAGCAACAGGUUUCUUGAAGAAGCGACGACACGACGAGCCGACCCACACUGGACCACGAAUCAGGGAUCCACACGAGUAACGCUUGCGACUCACGACCCGCAGCACCAACAGUGAACCUCGCGCCGUCCUCGCCACAUGGUGAAAAAAGGACGCUCCAAUCUCGUCUGCUAGGACUCACAUCGGCCAAAGCAGGAUGGUCCUGGACAUGCCACCUUUCGCAUGACAAAACGUUAAGUAACGUGCGACCUCGCAACAGCCUUCACACUGCCCCCACUACCGAUCAAACCAUGCGAGAGCGCGUGGCUGGAACCAGCGUGCGUCACUUCUGAUAUAACCCCCAAAGAUAACCAUCUCAAGAUGCAGUGUGAACUUCUGAAUAAAGGUGGAAUGAAUUUCACUCGCCAUGGAACUUAAAAUAUGCUUCUACCUUGCUGCAUGCUUUUGUGUCAUUGUUCUUGUUCUCUCUACCUCCCAUUGUCCUGUGUAGUACAAGUUUAUUUAGCCUCCUUUGUAGUUCCACCUGUUUGUCGUUUACUAGACAGAUAGAUGGUGUGCAUAGGGUUGAUUUGAGCAGGGCUUGGGUGGAGCUAUGGCUGAAGAUGAAGAAGCAUUGCCGAAGAGGAGGACGCAUUAAGAGGAGGACGCAUGAAGAGGAGGACGCAUGAAGAGGAGGACGCAUGAAGAGGAGGACUCAUGAAGAGGAGGACGCAUGAAGAGGAGGACGCAUGAAGAGGAGGAUGUUGCAAAGGGGGUCCAGAUGCUGAACACAUUGGUUCAGGCACGUGAAGGUGUCAGAGCAGGUGUAAGAGCUUUUAGAGAUGAUCGCUAAAAUGUCUACACACAUUUUUGCGCAAGGUUUAUCGGGGAUAAUAUACGUUAUUUUGAACACUUCGUUGAGUCGCAUCAGAAUCUGGGAAACACCCUCAUGCAGCCUCGUUUAGGUCACACGAACGAACCGCCAAUCAGAAUGCCUCGAUUUUCCGCUCCAUCGAUAUUCGCUCGCAGCCUCUCAGCCCUUCGUUUCACGGCUGUCCUGUCCAGAUUCUAGAUUCCAGCAAUAAGCUCUAGGAACGGCUGCUAUUGCAGCCAUAUUCAGGGUUGAGAUAGGAGCUCAGGUUGCCGUUCAGACGCGGUGAUUCCGCGUAGUAUCCCACGCUUUUCUGGUCAAGGGUGCUGGGUUGCUGCUAAACCCAUCUGGCCACCAUGGCUUCAGUGAUCUUCACCAUCCCGAUUGCCGUCAACUUCCUCGCAUCGAGUCUCAUAGUGUCCACCAUUCAGAUCGCCCUCUCCAUUCUCGUGUUCCCGAUCAGCCCUCGCACGUACCGCGUCAUCAAUGCGUAUCUCAUGGGCUCCUUCUGGGGCAUGUUCAUCUGGCUCAUCGAGUGGUGGGGCCGCGUCGAGGUCCGGCUGUACGGCGAUCCCAAGGAGCACGCAUACUUUGGCACGGAGAGCGCCUUGUGUGUGAGCAACCACCGCAGCGACGUCGACUGGGCCAUUGGCUGGCUUCUCUCCCAGAGGUGCGGCUGCCUCGGGGGCACGAGAGCGCUUAUCAAGGAGCAGGCCAGGUGGAUGCCCGUGAUUGGCUGGUCCAUGUGGUUCUCGGAGUACCUCUUCCUUGCGCGCAACUACGCCACCGACCAGACGAGAAUACUCGACGGCUAUGCUCGGCUGCGCAGCUUCCCGCUGUACUUCUGGGUGGCGCUGUUUAUGGAGGGCACGCGGUUCACUCCCGAGAAGCUCAAGGCAGCGCAAGAAUACGCCAAGGAGGCCGGCCUGCCCAUCCCCCGCCACGUGCUCGUGCCCCGAACCAAGGGGCUGGUGAUGUCAGUGGAACAGACGAGGGGGCACGCUGGAGCUAU